AUGAAAUUUUUUUUUCUCAUUUUGUCAAUUUGGUCGUUGUGUUGCACUAAUAAAGACAACACCUGUAAGAAAUAUUCUGGUAAGAGUAUCGAAGGAAAACUUUUAUAUUUAAGAGAUGGAAGAAUAUUAACUGAAGGUGCACAAAGUAAUAUAUAUUCUAAGUGUAAUAAUGAAAACGUAAAAUUAUCAAAUGACAUGAAAAGUAAAGACGAGGAAGACCAAAAAAAUGUGACUAAUGUGAAGGGAUGUUUUGGAAGUACAAACAUAGUCACGCAUGCAAUGUUACCAGAGGAGAAAAAAUAUUUCAAUAAUAAAAAAAAUAAUGUUAAUAUCACUAAAAAAACAUUUAACAAAUCAAAAAAAGAUGAUGAUAUUAUUACACCUUUACUUUUAGCGGAAUUGAUGUUGAGGGAACCAGGAAAAGGAAUUGAUAUAAUAAUGCUUUAUGUGGGAGCAUUUUUAAAAUAUUCAUAUGGUCGCUAUUUUUAA